GUCGACGAUCGCGGGGCAUUCUGUGGUGGAGAUCACGCGCCACUGAAAAAAGCGAUGAAGACAGAGUGAGUAGUCGACAGUAGGCUACGUGACAUUGACUUUGUACACCAUGUAGAUAUACACGGCCCCGGGCUUCAAUCGAUUUGACUCUUGCCUUGGAGCUGGUCCGAGAUAGCUUUUUUACUUAUCUGUCUUGGUCCGUUCCUGUAAUCCACCAGUCCGCUGUACAGUAGAUGCUCCCGACCGAGAAGGAGCAAGUUAGUAUCAACGUUUCAACGGUUUGUCAAGAAGGGAAAAUCGAAGGCAGGCGUAGUUACCAGCGUAAGACUAGUAGUCGCCCAUCUUCAGUCCACCGCAGAAUUAGGAACUCGUUUCGCUGCAUGCUAGGCUAGUAGUAGUACAAGUAGCUAAGACCCAGUGACUUCUAGAUUCUAGAAGUCACUGUAGAACCAGUUUGUAGAAGCCCAGCCUAGCCACUGUUUGAAAACUUUGAAGGCGUGCUCUGUGUAGAUAACGUUCCUUGCGCAGACCAUCGCUCACUCGCCACACGCUGGUGUGAGCUAGCGCACCCUUCACUUCAGCUGAUCACCGCGGCUUAGCGAAAGCUGACUGAUUUCGCCCCUCUGCCAGCGUCAGUAGCACGAUACUAAUUUCAGUGCGCCGGCCGGCCGUGUGCAAGUAUUGCUGGUACUAAGGUCUGACCCUAAUGUGCAACAUUGCUAGCCAAGAACUGAUGUGCAGUGAAUGAAGCCUGAUUGUCAAUUCUUACACGACAACAAAUGUGUGGACCUUACACACUGUACCGGCAGAUGUAAAGGUUGCGACAGCGUAGCAAGGAAAGGAACUGAUCACUGCAGUGAAUGAGGCAUUGUCAACUCUUGUAUGUUGGAGUGACCUGGAUGACUAGCCAAGCUGAGUUUCUGGUAAUCACAUAAUCCAGCCGUUCAACGCCUAGCAGUUGCUUUCAUCUCCCGAUGAUAGCGAAAACUACUCAGACCAUGACUGCAGUGAAGAGUGUAUGAACCGUGCUACAAUAACCGGUUUAUCAUCGUCCUGAAAGUACUUCAAAAUGUCUAACAACAAUCCGUUUCACCUGGUUAAGUUUGUGUGUGACAUUCAACCAUGGUUGAACGAAGUUGACGCAGAUCGACUGCGACAGAUGGUGAUCAAGAAACAUCUCAUAAGUGACAGCGCAUCAAUAGAGAGACUAAAGAGAAUUCUGUCCCGGGAUGGACAAUCUGCUCAUAAUGAGGAGCUCAUCAAGUUGCUCAGCGCUGGUGGCCAAAAGACUUAUCGUGUUCUCGGUGUUGUCAUUGAGGAACUUGGGUAUGUGGACAGGAGCAAGGAAAUGCUCUCCAUUUUGUCCCACACAGACGAGGAUGAGAAGUCGUACGGCGAUCCAUUCCAACAGCGUGAGUUUCUAACCGAUAUUUUGCCUUGGUUGGCCAAAUUACCAGCUGGAGCAUUUCGUAAAAGAGCGCAAGAGGUCGGGUUCUUGACCGAUCUGCAGCAGAUAGAAGACUUAAAGAGGAUUGAGAGACGACAUGGACCGCGCACUCACAACGAAGAGUUGAUCAACAUUGCAAGUAGCGAUGAACGGGCCGGCUACAUCGAGCUGGUGAAGGCCAUCCAACUCUGGGGUAACUAUCCCGACAAGGUCGACAAGAUGAACCAGCUUCUGCCACGAUGGGCUCGUGUGUUAAUGGAGGCCAAACAUCAGCAGCAAGCAGGAGGCCAAACAGCAGCAGCAAGCAGGUAUGUGACAAAUCAAUUCUCAAACUUCUUCCCCUCCGAUUGCGUUAAGUUUGAGUUUUACAGAGUUCAAUGCCAUGACUUUAGCUGAAAAAAGUUUUUUUUGCAGAUUCAGUUACAUGUACUUGUGGUCUGUGGACUGACUGACU